AUGUGGCGCGACAGAACAAACCUCUUUAUCUCCUAUCGCCAAUCAUAUUCACAUCAUCCUACCACCAAAAAGUCGCGAAUUGCUGGAGGCUUCGGAGACAAUGGCGAAUCCGAGGAGACUCGCGGACUCAUGUCUGCCGGUGCUUUCGACGACGGAGAUGCAGUAAUUGAGAUGGAUCGCCUACCGCCGCGCUGGCUGGACGUGCAGGACCAAGUCACCGAAUGGUUAGACAACAUCACAAAACAAAUGAAAAAGCUGGACCAAUUGCUCCAGAAACACGUGCUACCAGGAUUCGACGAUGAGCAGGUCAAGAGAAGGGAAGAGCGUGAGAUCGAGGCCAUGACCCAAGAGAUCACUAGAGGCUUUCAAACCUGUCAACGAGCAAUCCGUCGCAUUGACAAUAUGGUCAAAGAAUCGCAACAAACUGGAAGCCUGAGUAGAGGAGAGGAGACAAUGGCUCAGAAUCUCAAGGUCUCCCUGGCCACAAGAGUGGGAGACAGCAGUGCACUGUUUCGUAAGAAGCAGUCUGCAUAUCUGAAGAAACUACGUGCACUCGGUGGCAUGAAUUCACCCCUAGACCGUGCUGCGUCACCUGUCCAGAACCCAUACACCGAUCCCUCCCUCAUGGACUCUGAGAUCGAUCGCAGCUCAGCACAAACAACUCUCCUACAGACCAAGCAAAAACAGCGCUCUACUGGUUUACACGAUUCGACCAUUGCUCAACGGGAGCGCGAGAUCGAAGACAUUGCGCAAGGCAUCAUCGAUCUGUCCAACAUAUUCCAGGAAUUACAGACCAUGGUCAUCGAUCAAGGAAGCAUGCUGGACCGCAUUGAUUACAACGUCGAGAACAUGGCUGUCGAAGUCAAACAAGCGGAGAAGGAGUUGAAAGUCGCUACUGGAUACCAGAAGAAAUCGACCAAGCGAAAGAUCAUCUUAUUGCUGGUGCUCAUCGUUGCCGGCAUGUUUAUUCUGCUGAUGAUCAAACCUAAAAGCCGAAGCAGUCCGGCCGUUACCCCUGCACCCGCGCCUGUUACUCCGACAGAACCAGAGCCAGCUAUAAGACCCCCUGGACGUUUACGACGAAAUGUGGUCUGGGACGAGCUCAUAGGUACUAGGAAAGACUGGAGAAGGCGGAAGCGAACA